UACAGAUACGAACAUUGGGGAUGCUUAGAUCAAGGUUCCAGUCCUUACCUGGUGCAUUCAGCACAUAUCUGGUGCCUUCAGAUAGGUCGCAGAAAAGAGGAUUUUCUUUUGCCAAGCGUUUUGCUGAGGAUUACAGCAAGCAGGAGAAGUGAAGUUGCAAAAUUUGCACAAUUGUGGAAUGAAGUUAUAUGUAGCUUCCGAGAGGAAGAUCUCAUUAGUGACAGGAAAAUGGAUUUGUUGCUAGUUCCUUAUUCAUCAGAUCCAGGGCUGAAGAUUAUUCAGUGGCCACCUUUUUUGCUUGCUAGCAAGAUACCAAUAGCAUUGGACAUGGCAGCUCAAUUUAAAUCUAGGGACUCUGAUCUCUGGAAGCGUAUAUGUGCUGAUGAAUACAUGAAAUGUGCAGUGAUUGAAUGUUAUGAAUUUUUCAAGCAUGUCUUGAGCAUUCUUGUGGUUGGAGAUAAUGAAAAAAGGAUAAUUAGCAUCAUUAUUAAAGAAGUUGAAAGUAGCAUCUCAAAAAAUCUGCUUCUUGCAAACUUCAGAAUGGGUCCUUUACCUACUCUUUGCAAGAAAUUUGUGGAGCUUGUAGAGAUCUUGAAAGACGCUGAACCAUCCAAUAAAGAUACAGUGGUGUUGUUGUUGCAAGAUAUGUUGGAAGUUGUCACCCAUGACAUGAUGGUGAAUGAGCUCAGUUAG